AUGACUUCGGCAUUCGAUCCAGCGAAGCACCUUGCAUUCACUCCGCCCUCGCAGAUCAUCAAGAUGAAGGACCUCGGUUUCUCGGAAACCGUAGGUGUCUCCCCAGUCGCAGUCUCUGAGCCUUUCCAGAUGUUCUCGUCGGAGGCGAUACAACAGAUGCGAGCAGAGAUCCUCAAGCCGGAGGUCAUGGAGCAGUGCAACUACCGCAGCAACAUCGCAGCCUGCCAGUUGCGAGGGUAUUCGAGCAGAUACGCACCAUUCAUUCACGACGCUUGGACCCACCCAGAUACACUGGCUAUUGUCUCAAAGAUUGCCGGUGUAGACCUUGUACCUGUCAUGAACUUUGAGAUUGGCCAUAUAAAUAUCUCUGUCAAAACAGAAGAGCAAUCCAAGAGUGAGCUUGCUGCGAUUGCAAGGCAAAAGCGUCUUUUUGCGGACGACGAAGGCAUUGCAGGAUGCCCUUGGGAGGACGACAGGCCUGUCGUUGGCUGGCACACCGACAGCUAUCCUUUCGUGUGUGUGCUGAUGCUGAGCGACUGCACGAAUAUGGUUGGUGGAGAGACCGCACUCCAGACAGGCUAUGGUGACAUUCUCAAAGUCCGGGGACCGCAGAUGGGCUGUGCAGUUGUUCUCCAGGGGCGUUACAUUACACACCAAGCGUUGCGGGCUCUGGGGGCACAGGAGCGCAUCACAAUGGUGACAUCGUUCCGUCCUCGUUCGGCGCACAUUGCGGAUGACACUGUGUUGACCUCAGUGAGGCCGAUCUCUGAUCUCUCGGAGCUGUAUUACGAGUUUGGCGAGUAUCGUAUGGAAAUCCUGGAGGAGCGCCUUCGAGCGAAGCUGAAACACCUGCGAGAACGGCGGCAAGCCGGCAAGAAGCUGGAUACGAAGGACUUCAAGAAAUUCCUUGCGGAGCAGGAGGCUUUCCUCAAACACAUGAACAACGAGAUGUUAGAAGAGGAGAAGGUCGCGGUCGGUUACAUAGACGAGAUUGUGGUCCCCGAGGUCAAGGUUGGGGAAGAGCUUCAGACAGGCCGUUCAGUCAAGAGGGCCCGGAACGAAUGA